GCUCGCCUAUCACAGGUAAUCUCUGUGUUCUUGUGUAGCCGUGGUUUACAGGUAGCAAGUGCAGGCAGCAACCAGUCCCUCCUCACUGGGAUGUGGAGAUCUAUCUGGAGUCACAAUUAAAGGCUACCGAAUGCAUUCCACUACAGGUGACGAAACCCAGCUCCCAGAAUAACAAGCAGGACAACUUUUAAAGUGACUGUUGUUGACCAGUGUCUUCUGUGCAUUUGCGUGGUAAGCUCACGGUGGAUUUUUCUAAAGGACGGUAUAGAUUUUUCUGAAUUACUCUCGGGAAGGACGGACUCUUCCUGAGGUUGAGACAGAUGCCAUAGAAUACAACAGGGUGGCUGUGUGCGUUCCUCCGGUUGGUGUGACUCUGCCAAGACUCUGUGAGGCUGUCCUGAUUGACAGGGAGAAAAUGCUGAGACUAGCAUUUGUACCCUGAUGGUGAUAAUAACCACCUUUGUCAUCAGGAUUCUUGGAUACAAGAAAUGGAAAUUGAUUCCUGCUAUCAUAAGCAGGAGAAAUGUAUUCAGAGUGUAUUGGGUAGUUCACACAUCCACAGAAAGGUUGUUCACACAUCCUCUGAAAAUACAUCAGGAGACGCAGCGAGGACAUACCCUAGAAUUGCCUGUGGCCACAGAUGUCUUUAAUUCCAAAAACCUGGCCGUUCAGGCACAAAAGAAGAUCUUGGGUAAAAUGGUAUCCAAAUCCAUCGCCACCACCUUAAUCGAUGACACGAGCAGCGAAGUGCUAGAUGAGCUGUACCGGGUGACCAGGGAGUACACCCAGAACAAGAAGGAGGCCGAGAAGAUCAUCAAAAACCUCAUCAAAACAGUCCUCAAGUUGGCCAUUCUGUACAGGAAUAAUCAGUUCAAUCAAGAUGAGCUAGCGCUGAUGGAGAAAUUUAAGAAGAAAGUUCAUCAGCUUGCGAUGACCGUGGUCAGUUUCCAUCAGGUGGACUACACCUUUGACCGGAACGUGCUGUCCAGGCUGCUGAACGAAUGCAGAGAGUUGCUGCACCAGAUCAUUCAGCGCCACCUCACCGCAAAGUCUCACGGACGGAUUAAUAAUGUCUUUGAUCACUUUUCAGAUUGUGAUUUUCUGGCUGCCUUGUAUAAUCCCUUUGGGAAUUUUAAACCCCACUUAAAAAAACUUUGUGAUGGCGUCAACAAAAUGUUGGAUGAAGAGAACAUAUGAGCAUGUGAAUUAAGAUGGUGACUGCUCCUGAUUUAUCUGAAGAUGGAGCGCUGUUGAUUUAUGAAGGAAAGAAGAGUUUUUUUGAAGAGUAAACAUAUUUCAGAAAGACUUUGCCCAAUCCAAGUGUCAGACAUUAAUGACAAUGUCUUGUGAAGCUCGUUUUAUUUGAAGAAAAGCAUAUUGCCAACAGUUGUUAAAUGCUUCUAAGGGUUAACAGAACCUGGGAAAGAUGUGUGGUUGCAUAACGCAAAUGUCGAGUUAUACAGAGGAAAGUAUGUGUGGCUCCAAACCUCGACGCAUCUUUUUUUAGGGCAGUUGUGUUGGCAGCACAUUGGAUAUUUCUAACAUGUACAGAAUUAUGUGUUUUGAUUCACUUUUAUUCCUUACUAUGUAUAUAUACCUCUUUUAAAAAGCCAAGAACUUUCCCUUGCUGUCAUUUCUCCAUUUGAAACCAUUCCAUUUUCAACUCUACCUUUGUUGUACAUUCUUUUGCUAAAUACUUUUGUCAUUGACAUUCAAGAAUUGUCUUUAUUAAGACAUUAAAGAAUUAAGGUAGUCAAAUUGGAACCCUCAGAGAAAUGGAAAACUGCUUCUCUAUUAUAGAAAACAACUGUAUUUGAGGUUAUGAAUAAUGUUUAAUAUCAGAUAUGCUUCUGGAGGUGAGUCCUGGUUUUUAGUAUCAACCUGACACUUCCCCAAACAUGAUAAUUCCCCAGAACGGAAUGGCAUGCCAUUGCUUUGAAAUGAUUGCUGAGGGCUUAACUUUCAUGUUACCUUGAAAAUGUGCUGAUGGAAUCUCCAUUUUUAAUAUUCAUUUCAAAUGUAAGAGACAAGGAAAACUCUAGAUUGUUCUUGAUAUUAGGGCAAUAAAAAGUACGUGAUAUUAAGAAAAUUAAAACAAUCUUUCUUUUAGAGAUGAGCCCAUCAAAAUAAUUUAGGGGAAUGAGGGGCAAAAGGGAAGAAAGGAUAUUACCACAGAACAUGAGAAUGAAAAUGAAUGCAUUUCAAUGUUUAGUAAGGUUUGAUAGGUAAAUAAAGAAUGCCACUUUUUUAUUUAACUGAAAAGGUUUUUGCUAUUUUUUUAUUUGCUAUUGUGAUAAGUAAACCAGAGUAUUUGCAUUUC